AUGAGCAACACUACUAUAGACUACCCAUACACAGGAAACUUUUCUACUGUUGAAAACGAAUAUGUAAGUUCAAGGUUUAAGUGUAACAUGGCUACAAAACAUAAAAUAGCAAGAACUUUCUUUACAAAACAAAAUGGCAAGAACUUUCUUUACAAAACAUAAAAUGCAAAAACUUUCUUUGCAAAACAUGAAAUGGCAAGGACUUUCUUUACAAAACAAAAAAUUGCAAGAACUUUCUUUACAAAACAUUAAAUGGCAAGAACUUUCUUUACAAAACAAGAAAUGGCAAGAACUUUCUUUACAAAGCAUUAAAUGGCAAGAACUUUCUUUACAAAACUAAACUGACAAUAAAUUUCUUUACAAAACAUAAAACUACAAUAACUUUCUUUACAAAGCAUAAAAUAACCUUAUUUUACCUUUUUCAGCUCUACAAAACUUACUACGGCAAGGGCGUCCAGUUUGAGCUCUUAUUCACACCUAUAAUCUACUUUACCUGUAUGUUGGUCAGUUAUGGUGGUAAUGCGGUUGUUAUCAUUGCUACUAUCUCUAAUAAGUACGUUUUCAUAGUAACAUUAAUUCGUAUAAAAAGUAAUGAGCUACUAAACUUUAUAUCAGUUAUGGAGUUUUAGCUCAUUGUUUUUUAUACAGUUUAUUACACUGUUCAAAUAAUUUUGUGCUCCCUCUCAAAGCAAAUUCAUGGAUUAAGGAGGCACAGAAUUAAUUAAACAAACUAAUAGUUAUAAGAAGUAGCUCAUUACUUUUUAUACAACAUUAAAAUUUGUUCAAAUAAUUUAGUGCUCUCUCUUAAAGCAAAUUUUUAGUAUUAGAGGGCUCAGAAUGCUAUGAACAACUUAACAUAGCUCAAGGUAAUGUAUAUCUUACUAGCUAUGUGAAGUAGCUCAUUAUUUUUUAUACAAUGUAAAAGGUUGUUCAAAUAAUUCUGUGCCUCUUUUCAAAGCAAAUUUUCGGAGUUAGAGGGCUUAGAAUUAUUUGAACAACUUAAUAUAGCUCAAGGUAAUAUGCAUCUUACUAGUUACGAACAGUAGCUCAUUAUUUUUUAUACAAUGUUAAAGGUUGUUCAAAUAAUUCUGUGCUCGCAUUUAAAGCAAUAUCUUUGCUUACUAUAUAUGUAUGUAACACUCUAUAUCACACUUCAGAAACCUCCACGGCUCCUACAACUUUCUUCUCUGCAUGGUAUGUUUGGGUGACAUGAUGCAUUUGUCUACUCACUGGCUCUACCUUGGUAACAUGGCUACCGGCAACAACUUUAUCCCAUAUAAAUACUGCUUUUACGCUGAUUGCUUCUUCCAAGUUGGAGCAACAUUGAGCAUUACCAUGACCUUCUUUGUCGGUAUCGACCGGUUGAUUGGCGUUUCAAUGCCGACGACUUACAGAGGGUUGAAUGUGUAUAUGUACGACGGAUUCUUCUUGUUUAUUGCUCUGGCAUUCUCGGCUUUGGUGUUUGUGUUGGGGUUACAACAUUCGUGGGGACCUUUUGGAGAGGAGUAAGUUGGUUGGGCAAGGUCAGGGGCAAAGCCAAGGUCAAGGCCAAGGUAAGAGUAGUGUAGAGUAGGAUAAGGUAUGUUUAGGUUGGGUAGGAAAAGCCAGAGUAAGUUCAAGGCAAGGCCAGGGGCAAGGUCGGUAGAUUCUCCUACAUCUUCAAGUCUUACAGUGCUUCAAUAGGGUAGGGUAGGGUAGGGUAGAGUAGGGUAGGGUAGGGUGGGGUAGGGUAGGGUAGGGUAGGGUAGAGUAAGGUAGGGUAGGGUAGGGUAGGGUAGGGUAGGGUAGGGUAGGGUAGGGUAGGGUAGGGUAGGGUAGGGUAGGGUAGGGUAGGGUAGGGUAGGGUAGGGUAGGGUAAGGUAGGGUAGGGUAGGGUAGGGUAGGGUAAGGUCGAUUCUUCUGCACCUUCAAAACUUACAGUACCUCAAUUCCAGACCAAUUCAAUGCCGAAUCAUUGACAGCUUUGGUGGUGCAGCUGGUGCAGUUUGGUUCCGAAUGUGUGUGAUACUCAAUCUACUUGACAUCUUCGUGUACACAGCUGUGUGGAUAUUGAUAAAGAAAAAGGCGGGUACAUCUGAUGCUAUGAGGAAGGUGUUCAAGUCAUUGGUGGUGAUCAUGAUUACUGUGGUAGUCGGGUGGAUGUUGGAUGCGUUUGUUGAAGCUAUAUUACUACCUUAUGGUAAUAUACCAAUCUCUCAUUGGUACUACUAUGAGAGUGUGUUUGGUAUUUUUAUCAACUUGGCUUCGGCUUCGAAUGUGUUUGUCAUGUACUUCUUUAGGUAAGAAAAUUGGUAAGAAGAGAGGCAGUAGGUUGCUCACAUAAUUCUGUGCCCCUCCUCAAAGCAAAUUUUUGGGGUUAGGGGGUUCAGAAUCAUUCGAAUAACUUAAUAUAUUAAUAAAAGCAUCCAAAAGCUCGUAUUUUACAUUAGUACUAUGUAGCACCCCAUAUUGUACGUUAGUGCUAUAUAGCACAUCGUAAUUUACAUCACUACUAGUUAAUAAGUUGUACUUUCCAUUCGUACUAUAUAGUACGUAGUACUCUACAUUAGUACUAUAUAACAUGUCGUACCCUACAUUAGUACUACAUAUUAUGUAUGUUCAGUGCCGAGUACCAACUAACAAUUCAAAGACUGUUCAAAAUGAAAGGCUCUGUCAGUGGUAAAGCCGGCAUGGUCACCUCUUCAAAUAUUCAAAUUUAA